AUGGGUGAGGAGAGCCUACGGCUUGGUUGGCUUUCUUUUGGUUUGGCCCUAGUUCUGAAUGGAGAGGACAAAAGUGAAGGUUGUGGGAACUCCCACCUCGUAUCAUAUUGCGAUGAUUUUGGUGGUCAAGAUGGGGAAUCUACAAUUGGCGAGGUUGUUGGACUGGAGAAAUCAAGCAUAUGUGGUGAUAUUCAAGAGUCUUACUUUAAAGGGAUCUGUGGGCUACAUAGCACCAUUGGGCUGAAGGGAUCUGUGGGCUACAUAGCACCAGGUAUUUUACAUAGAUCCCAAGAGCAUAUUACUACUACAGGUGCUGUGAAGUUUGUCGAGUCUUGUUAUGAUGGCAAGAUGUCCACUUUGGAAAAUGGAAGAGUCGACGAUAUCAAGCCAAGGGUCAUACCCUUCUUCCUCAAAACACUGGAGAAGUAUGGUACCAACGCCUUCAUGUGGCUUGGGCCAAGACCAUUGAUUAUAAUCACGGACCCUGAACUCAUAAAGGAGGUUCUAACUAAGAAUUAUGUGUACCAGAAGCCAAAAAACAUGAAUCCACUGACCAAGCUGCUUGCACAAGGUGUAGUGAGCUAUGAGGAAGAUAAAUGGGCUAAACACAGAAAAAUCAUCAACCCUGCUUUCCAUCUAGAGAAGCUAAAGCUUAUGAUGCCAGCUUUUUAUUUGAGUUGUGAAGAGAUUUUGAGCAAAUGGGAACAGGGUCUUGCUUCUGGAGAAUCAUGCGACUUCGACUUGUGGCCAUAUCUUCAAAAACUAUCUAGUGAUGCAAUAUCAAGAACAUCGUUUGGUAGUAGUUACGAAGAUGGAAGAAGGAUAUUCGAACUUCAGAGAGAACAAGCUGAACACAUCAUCAAGGCGUCCCAGUCUAUCUAUAUUCCUGGAUGGAGGUUUGUGCCAACUAAGAGGAACAAAAGAAUGAAGGAAAUUGAAAAGGAAGUUCAAGCAUCAACGAGGGCUAGAGAAGAGGUCUCGCAAGUAUUUGGUAGUAAAAAGCCAGAUUUCGAUGGGUUAAAUCACUUGAAAAUCGUUACCAUGAUUUUGUACGAGCUAGACCAAAAUUUACCUAGCUCCCUUGCCAUUGUUGAUGGAUUGGUUAGACUUAAGCUUCUUGUCACGGACUGCACAAAGGACACUUAA